AUGCGAACAUCACGAGUUUCCCGAGACGCGUCCCGCGUUGUCGCAGCGAGUCGCACGCAACGAGCGUUACGUCAGACACGAAACGCGACCAAUGCGCCAGCUCCCGUCAAACGCGAAUCAGGCAGCGACGAGAAUGCUGGAUCAGAUUCAGACCUCAGCUCUGCGCCAGCAGACUCUGCCUCGGAUGGCGAGACGCGACGAAUGCCUAUGAAGAGGAAAAGAGGCCAGGAUAUGCCAAUCCUUGUAAAGAAGGAGGUAGAGGAGACAUCAAUCACUGCAAUCGCGUCCCCGAAGAAAGUCGCCAAGGUCAAGAAAGCGCGUCGUGCGCCUGCGAAGAAGACCAAGACCAGCGAUGGAACUGUCACGAUGGAGCCACCUGCGAAUUGGGAGGAGAUAUAUACCCUGACGAGAGAGAUGCGGAACGAGAACCUUGCACCGGUGGAUACCAUGGGUUGCGAGAGCCUGGCGAAGGACAUCAGAUCGCCUCGCGAUCGAAGAUUUCAGACGCUCAUAGCUUUGAUGCUGAGCAGCCAGACCAAAGACACUGUCUUAGCGCCUGUCAUGCGAGGCAUGCAGGAGAGGAUGCCUGGGGGCUUCAACCUCGAAUCGGUCCUCGCCUUAGAACCCCCCGAACUGAACGCGUUCAUCAACAAAGUCGGCUUCCACAACCUCAAGACCAAGUACAUUAAGCAGACAGCCGAGAUAUUGAGAGACAAAUUCGACGGCGAAAUUCCAGAUACUAUCGAAGGGCUCGUGUCGCUACCGGGUGUCGGACCUAAGAUGGGGUACCUGACGAUGAGCGCAGCUUGGGGCAAAACAGAGGGCAUUGGUGUCGAUGUCCACGUCCACCGCAUCACCAACCUAUGGGGCUGGCACAAGACUCAGCAGCCAGAACAGACGCGUGCAGCACUGGAGUCAUGGCUACCAAAAGACAAAUGGCAUGACAUUAAUAACCUGCUGGUGGGCUUUGGGCAAACAAUAUGCCUGCCCGUGGGUAGGAAGUGUGGCGAUUGCAAGUUGGCGGAGAGAGGUCUCUGUCCCUCGGCAGUCGUAGCCAAGAGCACGAAAGUCAAGAAAGAAGCUGUUGUGAAAGUAGAAGCUCCCAAUGGCAGCGAAGAGGCGGUGGUGAAAGAAGAGAAGGUGGUGGCUGAAGUCGAUGAGAUCAAAGCAGAAGAUGUGGAAGUUGCGAUAGACAUAGAAGAUAUUGGGCAGGCGCCACGAAGGAGGCCGCAGAGAAAGAAGUAG